UCGGGGCUCCUCGGCCGCGUCUCCUCGUCCUCCCAGCGUUCGGGGUCGGGGUUCUCGUCCGCCCCCCGGGCUCGGGCCGGGCGACGGCCCCCAGGAAGCGCUGUCCGAGCUCUGGCCCCGGCCGGGCGGACGCCGCCGCCCGCAUGGCGGCCAUCAAGGCCCUGGAGCAGUGGUGCCGGCAGCAGUGCGAGGGCUACCGGGACGUAAGCAUCACCAACAUGACCACGUCGUUCCGCGACGGCCUGGCCUUCUGCGCCAUCCUGCACCGCCACCGGCCGGACCUCAUAAACUUCGAUGCUCUCAGGAAGGAAAACGUUUAUGAGAACAACAAACUGGCCUUCCGUGUGGCGGAGGAGCAGCUGGGCAUCCCGGCCCUGCUGGACGCCGAGGACAUGGUGGCCCUGAAGGUGCCCGACCGGCUGAGCAUCCUGACCUACGUGUCCCAAUACUAUAACUACUUCCAGAGGCACGCCCCUGCUGGGCACACGGCCGGUGUCAAAAGGCCCUCGUCCAACACCAGUGAGGAGCCGUCUGGAAAGAAGGCCCCAUCCCAGCCCGCCCAGCCUGCAUCCGUCCCUGCCCGGGGACAGCCGCUAUCUCCAGUCAGCCUAAACCGCACCGUCCAGCAGAAGGAUGGGGGCUCGGAGGGCCCCCCGCGGAAGGCUGGCCAGGCCGCGGGGGGCUCCCGCAGCAGCUCCUGCGGCGUCUGCGGGCAGCACGUGCACCUCGUGCAGCGCCACCUGGCGGACGGGAGGCUGUACCACCGCGGCUGCUUCAGGUGUAAGCAGUGCUCCGGCACGCUGCACUCAGGGGCCUACAGGGCCACAGGAGAGCCCGGCGUGUUCAUCUGCUCCAGCCAUCGCCCCGAAACCGCCUCUGCCAGCCCCACAUCGCCCAGCCUGGCCUCCAGGUGGCCUGGAGCCACGUCCACGGACUCAGAGACCCCUGGAGGCCUGAGGAAGACGCAGGAGGCGAGCGGACAGAGAGACACGGGGCCAAAGGCCAGGCUGCCUGGCGGGGACCCUGCGGCAGGCAGUGCUUCUGCCAGAGGUUCCGCUCCAGCUGCAACCAACCCGCCGGCCCCUGCCUCAUCCCGAGUCCCCGCAGGGAGCCCAGCUGCACCCAGGCUCAUGGCGGGCCCUGUGGGGGGUAAACCCAGCACUCACGUGACCAGCAGCUCCCUGACGAUAUGGCCAUCACCAGCAGGCAGCCCCCGGCCCACCGGGACCUCAUGUGCCCCAGACCCUUGCCCGGCCACACCGCAAGGCUGGGCCACGCCCCGAGUCACAGCCCCCCAGACCAAGCUCAGUUCCAGGCCAGCAUCUCCGGUACCUGCAAGCACCCUGGCCUGGACCCCGUCGUCCUCAAAGACCCAGCAGGCCCGGGAGCGGUUCUUCCAGACCCCUGGAGGCACCCCUGGCCCUGGCCCGGCUACUGCAGACGCGCCUUCCGGGGACAGCCGCAGGGAGCAGGCGCUGAGCUUCCUCCGCAAGGCCCUCCCGGAGCUCGGGGCACCCGGCAGGUCCCCCACCGCCACUGUCCCCGCUCCCAGCUCCCAUCCCAGAUUCGAGGGGCCCGGAGCCAGUCCACCAGCCAGGGUGUCACAGCCCACGUCCCCACAGACCCUCAGCCCCGCCGCGAGGACGGGGCCGCCCACCGCCCCAGGUGUGGGCAGCUCCUCACAGUCGUCCCAGGAGGCCAAGAAGGGCCCAGCUGUCUCCUCAGGGGCCGUCGGAGCUGGUGCUGGCUCCCGGCUGAAGCCGGAGGCCCCGCUGGCCAAGGGCCCGGGCGCCAGCCCCCAGGACGGCCCAGAGGACCGGCCGGCGGGGUGGAGGGCCCGCCUGAAGCCCGUGGAGAAGAAGAGCCCCGCGGACAGGGCCCCAGAGCCAAAGGAGCCUCGGGUCCUGGGAGAGCCACGGGCAGGCGACGCAGCCGGGAAGGCCUCCGGGAGCUCCGAGAGGGGCGUCCGUAUCACGGUGACCUCCGUGCGGGUGGACAGGACGCCGGGCGCAGCCGGCCCCGGGGCCAGCCUCCCAGCCACGUCUGCGUCUGCAUCCCCUCUCAAGAAGCUGGCCGUCCCAGCUAGCCUGGAUAUUUCUGGCGACUGGCUGCAGCUUGAACCAUCGAGGAAGGAAGGCCCUGCCCGGAGCCAGAAGGAGGAGGAGAAAGGCCCUCCCCAAGGCAAACCAGGGAGGCCCCCGGGCCCAGCCAGCGUAGCCGCUCCACCUGCCAAGUCAGCAACCUCCCCGGUCGGGCUGCACACUGACUACGUGCCGCCCGAGAUCCAGCGUCAGGUGCAGGACAUCGAGAGGCAGCUGGACGCCCUGGAGCUCCGGGGCGUGGAGCUGGAGAAGCGUCUGCGAGCGGCUGAGGGGGAUGACUCGGAGGAUGCCCUCAUGGUGGACUGGUUCCGGCUCGUCCACGAGAAGCAGCUGCUGCUGAGGCUGGAGUCAGAGCUGAUGUACAAGGCCAGGGCCCAGCGCCUGGAGGAGCGGCAGCUGGACCUCGAGGGGGAGCUGCGCCGGCUGAUGGCCAAACCAGAGGGUCUGAAGUCCCCUCAGGACCGGCAGCGGGAGCAGGAUUUGCUGGACCAGUACGUGGACACGGUCAACAACCGCAGCGACAUCAUCGACUUCCUGGAUGAGGACCGGCUCAGGGAGCAGGAGGAGGACGAGGUGCUGCAGAGCAUGAUCCAGAAGCUGGACCUGCAGAGGAACGGCGAGGAGCAGAGGAGGAAGCCCAGGUUCCGCUUGUCCAGCAUCUGGUCCCCCAAGAGCCGGAGCAGGACCCCCGAGUAGCCGCUUGGCGGCGCUGCAAGACCCUUGCCCGCGGGUGGGGUGGGACCCACGCUGCCCGCUCUGCGGGGUCUGGGGCGCCUCAAUAAAGAAACUGACCCG